GUUUAAAGAGGCAAUUUGAACAUGGCCCGCGGCUCGACCAAGGCGGAGCUCGAGGCCGAGGUGGAGAAGCUUCGAGAGUACAAGACCCUCACGAAGCUUCGCAUGAAGCAAGCGGCAGAGAAGCUCGGAAGCUACCGCGUGCAGUUGGAGGAAUGCAAGGCCACGAUAGAAUCACUCAAGGAGUCUGUCACGUCGCAACACCAAACGAUUGAACACCAGGCCAAGACCAUCCGAGCCCUCACCGACAAGGUUGCGGCGAUGGAAGCGUCCGAGUCGACACCCGCAGCUACACCCGCCGCACCCCCAAUGACACAUUUAGAGUCUGCAGCUAUACGGAGCGAUCCUUGGCUAUCUUUGGCCUCCUCGGACAAUGACGAGCCUGAUACAAACAACGGUGCCACCGCCACCGCCGCCGCGUCAUCGGACGACGACUCGUCGAGUAGUGGCAGUUCAUCGUCGACGACUUCAGACGAAUCAGACGUCGAAACGCAACCAGCAGCGCACCCGGAAACAACCUCUUUGUUUGGUCAAAACAAGCAAAUCUCGUCGCCGCCGUUUUCUCAUCCUGCCACGUCAUUAUUCCCAAGCCCAACCCACGCAACUCCGAACACUGACAUCAAGCCAGUGGUAGCAGCCAUCACACAACAGUCUUUCGAUACGCCCAACCACACAAGUCCGUCUACACCAUGUGCCAAACCAGCAGCAUCGCCGAGCAAGUCCGCUGCUUCCUCCUCCCAAUCGUCGGCGGCAGCUCCACCUAGGAGCCCCCCCACUCAAACCACUGCAAGCAUGCCAAAGGACACCGCACGGCCCCACGCUACAACCAUCACCACCACCACCACUGCUUCAUUUCCACGUAAACGUGCAUUGUGUCCUGGGGAUAGCAAGGAAGAUACCAUGUCUCCACCGUUGAAAGCCGCCAAGACGACGUCCGUAGCAGGAGCCCCAUCAGCCACUCCACCACCGACAGAACUUGUCGCGCUGAGCAGCGCGCUGCAGAAGCCCAUGGCCAAGCACAUGCGAGCCGAACUUGUGAUUCAAGCGUAUUUGACUGCGCUUCGAACUUCGGAUGACCCCACCACGAGGGCCCUGUGUCUCACCAAAACCGUCAAGAACCUCGUCGCACACCACCACGUGCCCGUGCCAGCAAUCGCCGCGGCGGUGCUCAAGAUCGGCUCCAAGUCGGUGAUCGAGUCGACCGUGUGCGUCGACUUGCUGUGGCAGGUCACGCAUCCGCGGCGAGCUGACCUCUUGUUGGUUCUCCAUGCGAUUGGCUCCCACGUCAGGAAAACGUUCAAUCGACACAACACCCAAGUGCAAGCGUCGUGGUGCCGGGUGCACGUGCUGCUCUGUCGUCGUGCCACGUGGAUCGCCGCGAGUCGGUCGUUCCUUGUGGACCGGUUGCUCGAAGUGAACCGGUCGAUUUGGGACUUUGUCACGAUGGUUCAAUCGUGGCCCCAGAUAUUUGCUCAGCUUGGAGACGGCGAUGACGAUGUCACCGCCGCUGCCACGUCAUCGCUGUUGCCCACGACCAUUCGAUUUCUCGUACUUUACACAUUGGCUAGACUAGAUUCGCGGUUGUCUCUUAUAGACACAUGUAGAUGGGCAACAUGUGCCGCGAAGAAGAGGCCAAGGCCAAAGACAAUAAUGCAGAGUACUUUAGCGAGCUGUAUCGCGUCUGCCGAUUGGACCCGCCCCUGUCGGACGACUGGUACUUGGACAAGUUUCAAGCGCGGUUUGAAGUGACGACAUUUGAAACGUGUGAGUCGGUCCGGCUGCUGUUGCGGGUGCAGGGGUGGCAGUGGUGUGUCGACCACCACAUCGUACCCGAUAAACCGGACGACCAGCUGACCCCCACGGCUCUUCGAGUCAUGGGGGUCGCGGCGGCGGCGGUGUACGUAAUGUUUGGCGUGGGGGGUGUCCCCCAUCUCAUCAAUCAAUCGAAACUACUGGGGGAAACACUCAUGCGUGUGUUGAAUGCUGCUUCCACCGAGGUCGUUGCUACUGAAGAAGGCCACCACCGGCGACAGAUCGCGGCGGCGACGGCGCUGGUCGAGCUGGCGCAGGGCGUGCCCACCAAAGCGCUGCGGACCGAGUAUGUGGCGGCUGUCGUGCGUUGGCUCCAGGACCAAUCGCCGACGGGGCAGCUGAGCCAGUCCACGUCGUUUGUUCGACAGCUACACCACGUUGUCGCGAUGGACGUAGCUUGAUGUGCUAGAAGUCCAAUGUGGCUCCAACUGUAGCAAUCAUUAUUAGCUUAGUAUUAAUAGCAGAACAUGAACCCCCCCCUUCGUUGGCGGGGGCCCCUGUUGGCAUGCA